AAACUCAGCCUAUAAGGAGUUAAAACAACUGUACUAUCAUAUUCGCAUAUAGUCCGGUGUAUGUGUGUCAAUGGGUGUGACGGAGAGUGCGUUAGAUUGGCCGUGAGGAAAGCAGGAAGCAGGAACUAGCGAGUGACGAGGACAGUGCCCGGAUCUGCUGCAGUGUGUGUGCUGUGUGGAGCGCGGCUCGGUGGUACCGGAGGCUGCUGGUAGUAGGAAACCGCUGAAGCCACAUACCGUAUUACCUGAAGGACCAGAAGGUCUGCCAUGCCGUCUUCUGAUUUUGGCCUUCCCCUGGAGAAUGCUGGCCUGCCGGGGGCAAGACGGAUAUCACAGCCUCGACGAAGACUUGCUUUAACCUUGCCUGGUUCUGAUCAGUUUAACACAGCUCUUCCAGCCAAGAUGGAGCUCUCAGUGCCUAAAAAUGAAUUGCUUCAGCCAUCCUGGGAAAAAGAAUCACUUGGUCCACUUCUGACCACCAAUUCAAUUUUAGCCAGUGGUCUGAAGCUGUCCUCUCAAUCCAUGUUCUCAUCAAACCUCUCUUGCACCCAUAACUCUAUUCUGAGUGCUGGCUCUUCUAUGACUUCCAAUUCAUCUCUAGGCAAUAAAUCUUUGUCUACAUCAUUUUCACCUUCAUCUUCUAAGACCUUACUGACCACAAAUAGUUGUCUAAUAUCUGAGGUUGCUUGUCCUGGCCUUUCUUCCAAUAUUUUACCAUCCAGUAAAUGUGCAGUAAGCGCUCCCUCUUCUUUAUCUGCUGAGGUGCCCACUAAUGUCAAUUCUUUUUCCACUACUCCACUUGACACCUCAUGUAUUCCAUUCUCUACUAAGCAAACUGGACUCUCUUUGAUUCCCAAGGUUGAAACCACUAAUCUUUCUUACGCAAGCAAUACUAUGAGUCUAGAAGGUGACUCCAGCAAGAACAUGGUGACUAAGUCCACUUUUCAUGGCAGAACAAUUUCAGAACCACAGUCCGUUUUAAUAGCUGACCAGUGGAAAGAGCUUGAAGUUGAUGUACAGGCUGACACAUUUUUGCCUGUAUCUGUUGAACAAGAGGAGCAGUUCAGCGAAAUAUCCUCAUCAGAAGUUGAGUUCUCCAUGGAUUUUGGCCCAUCACAACCCCCUCAAGCAGAUAAAAGUAAAUGCAUUGCCCAAGAAAAACCAAUGGAAAAAGAACCUGACAUACUUGACAUUGAGAAAGCAAACAGCCUGCUAAAGCUAAAGAAGAUGAAUUUAAUUUCUUCUGCAUGCUGCUCCCUGGUGAAUUCACCCAAGUUCUCUGAUCCUUCAGACCUUACCCGGGAGGAUAUUAAGUCUUUGUGUGAAUAUAUUGCACAGUAUGAUCCAGAGUUUAUAUUAAAGGUUGCUCUUUAUACACGACAGGAGCUCAAUAUACGCACAACUGCAAAUUUCCUACUUGCCUUGUCUGCUUUUCUUCCUCCCUGUCGACCACAUCUACGUAGAUACCUGUGCUCCUCUGUACAGCUGCCUAGCGACUGGAUGGAUGUCCCACGGAUGUAUCAGAGCUUAGCAGGGAAAGGAGAUAAAAUGGCUCCUCUGCCUUCAAGCCUCCGUACAGCAUUGACCCUCAAGUUCCAAAAGUUCAGUGAAUAUCAGCUGGCAAAAUACAAUACCCGUAAACAACGAGGGAAACAUGCCUCCCAGAAAAAGAAGGAAAAGAUGGUUCGAGUUUCAAAGGUUUUGAGAUGUGGUAGAAAUUUUCGUAAACUGCAAACUUUAUUUAAAGCUCUAGAGGAGCAGGUGGAACCUCCUACUUCUAGUACUGGAAAGAAAACUAAAGACAUGUUCUCCAUGAAGAGCCUGAUAAAAAGAUUACAUAUUUCUAAGCCAGCUAAUCACAUCAUGAGCCUGCUUGGAUGCAGGUAUCCCAAAGACCUAAAUUCAUUCUCUCGCAGUGGUCUUGAAGGUCCUUGGCAGUCUCAUCUAUCUGGCCAGAGAAUGAAAUUAAAGCAACCUGAAACAUGGGAAAGGGAAUUGAGUCAGAAAGGAAAUACAGGACCUGUAUGGGAAGGUUUGCUUGACAAUCAUAAAGUACCUUUCAUGGCUUUAUUAAGGAAUCUGAGAAAUCUCAUCAGAGCAGGUAUCAGUAAGAAACACCAUAUGGAAGUAAAUGCACGUUUGUCCAACAAGAAUUCAGUCAUCAAAAGCCGUCUUUUCCCUUUCCGCUUUCUCUCUGCAUACAAAGUCAUUAAAGAACUAGAGGGUCAGCUAACUAGAUCAGAGGAACCAUUCCCCUCCAAUUUUACCCUCAUCAAUCGAUUUUUUAAGAAGCAAAAGGUUAUUCCUGAGCGUAGUAUCAAAUAUUUCACUCGGCGUGACAGGAGAGCAUGUUUGGCAUUUCCAGUUAUCCAUCGCUUUCUUAAAACAGAGAAAGAAGCCAUAAGGAAAGCCAGGGAAGUAAAAUUUAAUAAAGAUGUUUUGGAGAAGUAUAAGAAAUCACUGGAGGAAGCCAUUCAGAUAUCAGCACGUUACAAUAUUCCGCCAAUACCUGGACGUACUGUAAUCCUAAUGUGUGUGGAUUACUCUAUGUCUGAUUCAUGUCAUGGAGCUGAAGAACUAGGCAUUAGCACUGAAGCACGUAGAAAAGCACCCUCCCUCCAGGAGGUAGGUAUACUCUUGAGCCUCAUGGUGAAGGACACAGCCGAAAAUGCACAGAUUUUCCUGUACAAUGAAAACCACUAUGCCGUUGUUGACCACUCAUCAAGUCCCCUUCUUGAACGUGUGAUCGAAGUAAAGCAACAAGCUGAGGAAUUAGAAAAACUUGCAGUACUGCCCUUUGAAGAAAGAAAUCCCUUGGCUGAAUACUUCUCAGAACUUCUUAUGAAACGUACUAAGGUAGACACUCUGCUGAUUUUUAGAGCUAGUCCUCUAAAGGAAGAGUUUAAGACUGUGUUGAAACAUUAUCGACGAGUAGUAAAUGCUGACUGUCUCUGUGUAACUGUGCUGCCCAAAGGCUUUAGAAGUGAGGACUCCCUUGAUCAGUGCAAUGAUGUGACGCUGUGUGGCUUUACAGAGCAAGUGUUGAAGUAUGUGUCAGAGAGAGGAACUUCCCGUCUCUUGGAUCAUGUGGAGAAAGUCAAUGAAAGAUUUAGUAUACCAGAAGACCCAGAGAAUGUCAAAAAGAGGAAUACUGCAGCUAGCAGUCUGCUCCCUUCUGUUCCCAGUCAGAAAUGGCGCAGUGUCCGUGUAUUUAUUUCCUCCACAUUUCGUGACAUGCAUGCAGAAAGAGACGUAUUGAUUGGACAGGUUAUGCCACAACUACGCCAGCGUGCCUCUUGUCACUUCCUCUCACUAGAGGAAGUGGAUCUGCGCUGGGGAAUUACAGAAGAGGAAACCAAAAAAGACAGGCAGUUGUCUCUAUGUCUGUCUGAAGUUGUUCGGAGUCAGAUCUUUAUCGGUAUACUGGGAGAAAGAUACGGUCAUGUCCCCAAAACAUACUCCGUUCCACUCCUUCCUGAGUAUCAGUGGAUUCAGUCUUAUCCUGCGGGACGAUCCAUCACGGAGUUGGAGGCUAUGCAGUUUUUGCAGAAUUGUAAGACCAAUAAAUCAGGGCAACCAAAAGCUUUCUUCUACUUAAGGAAUCCUGAAGCAAUUAGGUCUGUACCCUGCCAUUGGCUUUCAGAUUUUGCUUCUGAAUCUCCAGAAGCUGAAAAACGUAUGCUGGAACUCAAGCGUAGAGUAGCCAAACACCCUGCUGCUAUGAAUUAUGUGUACUCUUGUCAGUGGGGUGGCGAAAUUGAUGGGAAACCACUCAUGACAUCACUAGAGGACUUUGGGGCUCGUAUCUUAAAUGAUAUUUGGCAAAUGAUUGAGAGAGAUUAUCUUAAGGAAGGGUCAAAUGUAUCUGAAGGUGAAGAUCAGUUAACACAGGAUGGCUUUCAAGAAUGGCAUGAACGACAAUCCUUUGCCAGAAACAAGCAAAUUAUGCAAGCAUGUGCACAGAUCCUUGAGAAGAGACGAUCUCCAACAAAUGGAAGAUUGUUUCUGGUGGUUGGAGAGCCAAGCCAAGGCAAAACUGUCUUUAUGGCAGACCUUGUGAAAGAACUGAGACUUGUACAUUCAGCAUCAGUCAUCUAUCAUUUUACCGGAGCAACUCCUAGGUCAAUAGAUGUAGAGACCAUGCUAAAAAGUUUUUGCAACCAACUGAAUAGUCGCCUGCAAAGAAAAAGCAUGAUCCUCAACUCAUAUGGGGAUGCCUUAGCUGAGUUUCAGGCUCUGCUUCUAUUAGUUUCUCGCUCUUUGAAACGGAAUGACACUUUAACACUACUUAUAGAUGGAGCGGAUGUCCUGCGUGGAUGUGCCGGGGAACUCACUUCUGACUGGAUCCCAGAUCACCUCCCUCAGAGAGUUAAUAUGGUUCUGAGUGUAACCGAGGGAUCCACUUUAUGUGGCACCUUAAGCAAGCAAAAGGGCAUCACUCUCAUUUCCCUGGGGAGACUGGAACCAAGUGAGCGGGCAGAGCUGGUCAGAGGAAAGCUUGCGGUCUAUGGAAAAAAGCUUGAAGAAUCUGCCUUUAAUAACCAGAUGCGUCUCUUGAUGAUCAAGAAGGGGACACGUGACCCUCUGUAUCUUACUCUUGCCUGUGAGGAACUGCGAGCUAAUGCUGUCUUUGAGAAGCUCUCUGAGGAAAUACAGAAGUUGCCAGCUACACUUCCACAACUACUUCAGAAGAGACUAAGUAGCUUAGAAGAAGAACAUGGAACAGACAUUAUCACUGUUGCAUUGACUGCCAUAUGCAUUUCACGGAAAGGUUUGUUGGAGAGAGACUUGCUCAGAAUCCUGAGUUCACUGCAGCAUGUUAGAUCUCUAUAUACAGCUAACUGGACAGAAAUCCUUGCAGCAACCUCCUAUACACAAAAUCUUCCCAUGGCCACUUUUUCACUUCUACUUGGGGGAUUGAGAAGUGUUCUUGGUCUCUGGAGCCAUAACUUGACUUUAGAGCCCCGGCUGAAUCUUUCAAGUUGUCUUCUACGAGAAGCUGUGGAGAAACGUUAUUUUGGAAAACCAGGAGUUGUGCAUGCAGUGCAUCUUCUUAUGGCAGCACACUUCUGGAUAGUGUCCUCUCCUAGGGACCCAGACACUUCUCCUGUGCUCCAUGCUGAAUGUCUGAGUGAACUGUCCCAUCAUCUGCUUUGUGGCAUGCAGUUAAGCAUUCUUGGUCAACUUCUGGUACACCUUCCUUUCUUGUGGGCACAUGCCAGCUUGGGUCUUUUGCCACACCUAUGCCAGGUCUUCAGCAGUUAUGGAAUUGCCCUUUCAAAAUGUCCUACAUCUUGGGAACAAAUGGAGAGUCAUCCGUCAGCACCUGAACCUCCUGUGAGGGUAUUCAGGGAAUUUAUCGAGCGAUCCUUACACAUUCUGUUCCAGAAUCCUUCCCUGUUUUAUCAGUUGGCUCUGAAUGAGCCCAGCUGUUCCCCAGUGUGCAUUCAGGCUCAAGAGAUUCUGGCAGACUGGAAGACUUCAGAAGAUCAGUUCAUUACAGCAUGGGACAAUAAGCCGACUGCUCUAAAUGUCUGCAGCAGCAAAGCAGUGGAUGUGCCUUCUACUCCGGGUUGUGUUGCACUGAGUUGCAAAGGAGACUUGGCAGUUGUGGGUACUAGUGAUGGCUCAUUGCAUAUUCUAAAUACAGACAGUGGAGAGGAAAUCCGAUCCUUGUAUAGUGGCUGUGAUGGAGUCUCUAGCUGUGCAUUUAUUUCUGACACACUACUGUGUGUUGGUUCUUAUGAUGGAACAUUGGAGAUAUGGAACAUAACAGAUGGGUGCCGCAUAUACAGAAUUGGAGCGCACAGACUGCAGGUCACAGGAUGUUGUGUUAGUCCAGAUCGCAGGCAGUUACUCACUUGUUCUCUGGACUUUGAUAUCAAGGUUUGGGAUGCCAGCCGUUGCACCCUCAUCAGCUCUAGCUCCUUCUCCAGUCCUCUGAACUGUGCAGCAUUUCAUCCUAGUCGUCAUGUAGUUUCUGUUGGAUCUUGGGAUGGAAAAGUAUCUGUUGUUCGGCUAGACAACUUGAAAAGAAGUGCUAUUCUCUGUGGUUCUUCGUCAGUGAGAACAGUGUCCUUCUCCGUAGAUGGCAAUGUAGUGGUCUCAGGAAGUCUUGAUGGCUGGGUGUCCCUGUGGUCCUGGGAAGCUCAAGUUCUCCUGUCCCGUUUCAGAGCUCAUGGCGGCUAUACACUGACUUCUAACUUUCUGCAGCAUGGGGAAUAUCUCCUGACUGGGGGAGAAGAUGGAAAGGUGCAGGUGUCUUCUGGAGGACUGGGGAGGUUACAUGCACAUGGUUGUGUGAAAAUGGUUUUGUCUCCUGCACUUUCUGUAGCUAUUUCUCCAGACAGGAAACAGUUUGCUGUUGGCUAUCAUUCAGAUUCUGUAUCCAUCUACAGAGUUGAUAAUGGGGAGCUUGUGUCACAGUGUCUAUUUGAGAAUGUGGCAGUGGGCAGUCUUGUGUGGCUUUCCAAUGACACACUGGUCACGGGAAGCUCUGACAGUUUAAUUCGUGUCUGGAAUGUGUUACCAGGACAGGCUUCUUGUCAGCUCACUCUGUGUGGACAUCAGCGAACUGUUCAGGCCUUGGCAUUGUCCUCCCAGUUUCUGGCAUCUGCUUCUGAGGAUGUUUCCAUCUGUCUGUGGUCGGUGUAUAAUCUCAUGAUGGCUCUUCCUUCAGUGUCUCCUGUCUCUGUUCUGCGGGGUCACAAUGCAGCUGUUACAUGCUGCGCUUUUAGCCCUGAUGGGAAACUGCUGGCUACUGGUGGGCAAGACAGGUCUUUGCUCUGCUGGGAUGUUUCGGUGAACCCCCCUGUUCUUGCUCACACACUGCUGUCAUGUCACAAGGACUGGGUGACUUGCUGCUCAUGGACAGAUGACAACAUGUUGGUUUCCUCUUCAGGAGAUGGAUCUGUGUGUCUGUGGGACAUCUUGAAUGAGACACGCCUGUUGACAUUUGCUGGACAUCAAAGUGCAGUCAGCAGUGCUUUAUGUAUGGGAGAACGUGUUAUCACUACUGGCCGCGAUGGUUACCUGAAAGUCUGGAGUCUGACUGGGACAGAAAUCGCUAAUAUUUCCACUCACCACAGUCAGAUAAAUCAGAGUACUGCAUACUGGGAGCCAGAAGAUAGUAGAGAUGAUGCUGAUUUAGUGGUUUAUACAGCUGGUUCUGAUGCCAUGGUGUUAAAAUGGAGUCCCCUGAUGAUGGAGCACAUACAAACUCUACAUGGUCAUGGAGCUGCUGUUGUAUCAUCAGCGGCAGAUCCUCAGCUUAAAGUUACUGUGACAGCAGCCCAAGAUGGAUCCAUACGGCUAUGGGGAGCCCCAUGCAGAGAUGACUCUUCAUUGGUAACCGGGCACAAGGGAGCAGUCACAGCUAUUGCAUGGUCCCCUGAUGGUGAACUGGUGGUGUCUGGUGGAGAAUGCGGAGACAUGAUUGUGAGGAAUCGGGAGAAAACUUUACUGACACUGCAGUGCGGUGAACUUAGCAUUUCCUCAAUUAUUUUCACUACCAAACGUUCAUUCUGCUGUGUGUCCAGUGACCUGACAAUUUCCCGCUGGCUCAUGUUUCCCUGUAAAGAAGGUGGCUUAAGAUCAAAGAAGGCUUACACUGUUGCCAUUGAGUCCCUGGUAAUGUCUGCUGUUCUCACCGCCUCGCAGCAGGUGCACCUGCAUACAUUGUCAGGAAAAGAUUUGAUCUUAGAUCCCAAGACUGGAUCUCUUCAGGAUAUGAAUGUUGCUAAAGAUUCACUUCCAGAACCACAGUUCCACCCUCCACAAGAACAGCUACAUCCUGGAUCCAUUAUCACUGCAUCCCAUCCACAUUUUGGUAUAUGUGACUCUGUUGGUACUUUGUGGCUUAAAACUGACAAAACUUCUAGUCAAAGCCCAGCUGACAUUUGGGAGCAAAAGCAGAUCCAUGCAGCUUCUAUUUCUUGCCUCAGUGUGAUGGAUAAUCUUGUUAUCACAGCAUCCACUGACCACAGUGUAAAGAUUUGGAAACGCAGCCCUUUCACACAGGUGGGAGUUUUCUACUGUGAAGGAGCCAUUACUUGCUUAUCGCCCUAUCCUAUGAUUGGAAGCGAUUCCACAGUCGUGUGUCAAAUAGCUUGUGGUGAUCAGUAUGGGAAAUUGUACUUGCUGACCUGCCUUACACUAUGAAACAAGUAACCAAAGCCUCGCAUAUGCAUUUAUUUGGAUUAUGUUUAGAUAAGGGGUGUAGUUUAAUAAUCUGUGUAGCCUAUGCUGUUUACACAGGAGGAAUUAUGAAUGGCCACACACGGGAGUUGAUCUUAUUAAGGUUAAUGUAUUUGAAAAAUCUUUUGAAUUAAAGCAGUGAAACCUCAAAAAUGUGUUUGGUUAACUUUG